CAGGAGAGAGGAGGAAGCGAGCAGCGGCGGCUCUUUGCUGGCUCCGUGCUCCUUCGGGGAAGUUUUAUAUUGUUUAUAUCCGCUUUUUUAAAGGACAGUUAAUAUCGCGUUUCAUAGAGACUUUUAAUACUUUCAUACACUCGUUUUUUGACAUUUUCAUACAACUAACCCUGGCAAGGAUUGGCUUUAGCUUGCUAGCUUGGAAACACUGGAUUUUUUUCUUCCCCCCCUCUCUCUCCUGCUUUCGACAACCGCUGCUGAUGAGCCAGCGAAGACACCAGACAACAAUAAUUAUACGACUUGUAUUAUCAUCUUUUUUUUAAGUAAAAUUCAGUUUAGUUGUAACUAAUGCACCGUCUUCCCUGCAUUUAAAAAAAAGUCGUCGUGCCGUUUGCAGAGCUAACGUUAAACCCUGAAGGGAGCAGCUAACAUCAGCCUCAGGGGAGAAUGACGGCUGUUCAGCUGAUAAAUAUCCAACGGUUACUGGAAGCGGCGGAAUUUCUAGAGAGGAAAGAAAGAGAGUGUGAACAUGGAUAUGCCUCCACGUUUCCGUCAAACGACGACUCGAAUUACCAGAGGCAACGGAAAUUCCGGAAUAAGAAGUUUAGCAGUAACCACAAUAGGUCCACACAUAAUGAACUGGAGAAGAAUAGACGAGCUCAUCUGCGACUGUGUCUGGAGCGGUUGAAGGCCCUCAUACCUCUGGGACCUGACUGCAACCGCCACACCACCCUGGGCCUGCUCAACAAAGCCAAAGCACACAUAAAGAAACUUGAAGAGGCGGACAGGAAGAGCCAGUACCAGCUGGAGUCUCUGGAGCGUGAGCAGAGGCACCUCCACCGUCAGCUGGAGCUGCUGAGGGGAGGCAGCGGUGCUGUCGCCCAGAAUGGCCCAGGAGAGGGCGAGAGGAUACGUAUGGACAGCGUGGGCUCCACCCUCUGUUCCGACCGCUCUGACUCUGACCAAGAGGAGAUCGAGGUGGACGUGGAAAGCACAGAGUUCUCCCAUGGAGAGCUGGACAGUGUGAGCACGGCCAGCACCAGCGACCUGGACGACCACAGCAGCCUGCAGAGCAUGGCCAGCGACGAGGGCUACUCCUCCUGCAGUGUCAAACUUGCCUUCUCCUCAUAGAGCCCCUCACCGCCAGUACGCCCCACCACCAUCGCCACCGCCCCCCCUGCCAAACCCACUCGCCCUCCCAUCUGUUUAUCCAUACAGCCAUGCCUACACGCAUACACCCAUUCACCUCGGACGACACCCAGGGUCCCAGCUAAUGGCUGAGCAGCGCCCCCUUCUCCUGCUCCCGGCCUUUUAGUUGCCCUCCCUGCCAAAUACCAGGGACCCAUUCACAGUGAUGUGAGACUGGUUCUGACCUUCUUCUCUUCUUUUAAAGGGAGGUCAGCAACUUGGUUGAGAUGAAAAAAUUAUACAGCAUCGUGAUUUUUAAACCUUGCAAUUGAAAUGGAUGAUUGAUUUUACUCCUUUUUACUCCAAAACCUUAAAAUUUCUGGAUUUUUUAAUUCACGAGCGAUCCCCAAUUUGAUCCAAAAUGCACUUAAAUAUUGAAAUAAUUCCGAGUUCUCCCUGUUGUGUGUGUGUGUGUGUGUGUGUGUGUGUGUUUUUGAGCUGAUCCUUCGUAUCCCAUCCUGAUGUGGUGUUGGGCCGGGAUAAUCAGGAGCACAUCUAAUCUGGACUUCAAUGAACACUGUGGGUGAACUUUGCCAUAUCAACACAGCUGAUAAAACAUCUGUCCAGCCCCUGAUUCCUGAUUGAACCCCCGUCUUUUUAGGGUUUUUUUUCUUCAUCACCUCUGCUUGACACCGCAGAAGCUCGAACACUUGAAUUGGUGCUAUUGUGAAACAAACCAAUGGGGAAGCAGAUCAGAUACACAACCACUAAGCUUUUAAAGCAAACAAAGCAUGUCUGUUAUGAUUGUUUCCAACCAAGUGUGGAGGAAAACAACCCCCAGAAAAAUAUAUGGAGGGAAAAAAAAACAUUCCUAUCGAAUGUGGGUGCUCAGUGCAUUUUCAAAGAGUGGAAAUUGUAACUGUGUGUGUGUGUGUGUGUGCGCGCGUGUGUGUGUUUCAUUUUGGUUUCUUUCCCCUCGACAAGCAGCUACAACAAGCCAUCCUGCACUUGCCUACUUUAGAGCUGUCCACAGAAACAGCACAAACACACCAAGAAAUAAAAGAGAGAAAAAGUCCAAACGAAAAAGUCAACAAACUUUGGAAUAGUCACCCAACCUCUUUCCAGCAGUAACAAGCAAUAACUCUUGUAGUCGUUUU